AUUUGGGUAAACUGACGCACCUAAGAACAUAAAUUUCCUGUUUUGAGAAAUCGAAAGUACAGGAGUCAGUAGUGAGUCACCAUAUUGUUUAUUCUGCGUUUUAGAAGAAUAAAUUGCUUAUUUGAAGAGAAAAACCAGUAAAACUAUGGCGUGCACAGCCAAGAGUGACUCCGUAGUGAUUGAAACAGAGCCAUUACAGUUAAACGAAGAAACGCCCUCUGACACAAAACCAAAUCAUGAAGAUGCAGAGCAAGUGGAACUAUCUCUACUAAUAGAAAACCAGCAGGCCUCCCAGAGUAAGAACAACGCUGUAAAAAGUUACGCCAUAGACCCAACAUACCACAAUACCUCAGAGAAUCCGUACAGAGAAACAACAGUGACUCUACCCCACAUGGUCAAAAAAGUCCCCGAAGACGACCUCACCCCUCGACCCUGGAAAACGUUCAACCAAAUCUUGGUUCUGUCCUAUGUGAGUGUGGUCUUUUGUUUGUGCUUUGGUGUCUUUGCUAACAGAGAGGCCUGGAAAGCCAAACUGUACAACGGGAAAGGUCUAUAUGGACUAGCCCAGAAGCGGGCCAGACGAGCGGCUUUAGUCAGUUACAUAGCCGUGGGAUCUGGACUCUUUUUGAUUAUUUUAUUUCUUAUACUUGGACUGACAAACUAUGAAUUUUAAAAUUCCAACACAUUUGUUAGUUUUACAAAAAGUGAUACAGGCCGGCUUGUGACGAGUUCUCGCUGAGUAUUAUUUCUUGCCAGUGCAUUGUUCCGUCAUUUAUCGUACGUCAAUAUAACUUUAUGUGUUGAUAUUAAAAUGAUGGAACAAUGCACUGGCGAGAAGUGGUCUGUUGAUAAUUUGUCAUUUGCCAAUAAGUGUUGAAUUUGAAACUAACAUUCAAUUCAUGGUUAAAAAAAUUAAAAAAACCCUGUAGAUUGAACUCCAGAUAGAUGGUGCAGUACCUAAUUGUUUUCAAUACAUGUAUUAGUGAAAUAGCAUAGUAGCCUAUAAUUACUAUUUAAUUAUUUUAAUUAAGUUAAUUAUUAUAUUUAUUACUAUUUACUCUAUUAUAUAUAGCAGGGUUGUCUCUAAGACCCGGGAGGUGGGGAAUUCCCUAACCUAUAAUGCCUUAAUUACCCGGCUAUUUUUGCAUUUCAAACACAAUGUAGCUAUAAGCAAGACCCCCAGACCCCCUUCUACUUUUUCAUUUCCUCCCUCUACUUCAGUUUUUAGAGACAACACUGAUAUAGUUAUUGUCAAUGUAUGGCUUAAAGGGCUUUAUCAUGCCAAGCUUGCUCUUGAAUCAAUAGUAUUUUAUGGUAUCUGUAUUACACAUUGCCUGUUUAUUUUUUAAAAAUCUUAAAAGUUUAUACAGAAAUUUAUCAUUUCAUUGAUAUUACAUGAAAUUUUCUCUGUUCCCAUGUAACGGAUUUUACGGUUAGAUAUUUUCUUCUAACUUCAAUUUAGGCAUUUUUAUCCAUAUGCAUGUAUUUUUAACCUGCAAUGGAAACGUAUAUAAAAUGUAUUUUUACAAGAGUAUUGCCAUUAUACCCUUUUCUAUAUAAAAUAAUUAUUUAAAAUGUUUAAGCUUUAAAAUGUAGAGGAAUACUCAUUUUUGUGUUUCCAUGAUGACACAAUGUCCAUUUAACAGCAUUCAUAAGAUGCAUAUACAGAAUUUUUUUUUUGCCAUAUAAUAGGUGCAAUGUUUAUUCGGUGGAUACCAUAUCGCUUAUUAAGUCAAAUUUCUUGCACUUGUAUGGGAUUUUGGCUGUGUUCUUCAUUUAGUCAUGGCAUUCAAGAUAUGUUUUGCCUAUGAGUCUGCUCCUUUUUAUCAUACAGUCAUACUUGUAUAUUAGAAUAUGAUUUUAUGUAUUUUAAAACAUAAUUGGCAUUAUGUCACUUUUUAGAUGUCUUAAGCCAAGAGGGUUCUUUCUUUUACUAUUUGUUUAACCAUUUUAAAAAAAAAAAGAAAGUUGAAGUCUGCCAUGUAUUGUAAAUACCUCAAAAUACAUGGAUGCAAACUUUAAGGUGGUGUGCAUUUUAUUUGAAAAAUAUUCUUUUAUAUUUUAGGGAAUAUAUCUUUUAAAAACAGUUUAAAAACUGAUUCCACAUUUUAUUUUAAUAUUAUAUCUUUUCUCAAAUUUAAGAUCUGCAAUUUUUUGUUUUGUUUUAUCUAUGACAUUUACACAGGGACUGUACAAAAGGAAAUUUCAGAAGAGAUCUGUUCAAUUUGAAAAAUUAAAUUGAUUUCAACCAUUUAUAGGUGAAAAUGGCUAAUAUGGGUUGUGAAUUUUCAUUCAAAGAAAGAAGAUUCGUUUUCAUUUUACAUUUUGAUUUGCUUUUUUCAACAAUUAUUUUGAUGUAAAUCAUUACUAGUAUUUUUGAACUGGUUGAUCAUAGUUUAAACAAUCAACAAAAAUCUUGUAUAUUAAAAUUUCUUCAAAAAGGGGUUUCAAAACUCGACAGCAAAUCAAAGGACUCUUUUUGUACCAAUCAGACUCCACUUUUCAGCAUCAUUCCAUUUAAUCAUAAGCACGUACCGGUACAUUUUAAGUUGAAUUAUUCAUGCAUGCUCGUUUUUAAAUUAUUAAAUUUUAUUUAUUAGACAUGCAUAUUUUUUGUCAUAUUUUGGUUUUCUUUCUAAUCACAGAUUAAAUCCAUAAUUCAUAGAUGGAUUAACUGGUAGUGUAUCUUACAGAUAGAUGUCAUUAUUAUUGUGAACAAUAUUUGAUUUACGCAGUUGUUUGUACUUAAGACUUGCCAAUUUAUCUGUUUCUCUUUAUUGCAAUUUGUUCAUAUCAAGUCUUGAAAAUGGUAUAAAUAUAAGUGCAAUUUGUAAUGUUUUGGAGCUCUUCUUCAUGUUAAUAUCUGAAAUCUAUUUUUUAAUAUUCAACAUAAAAAAAACAUGUAAAUACAUUGUAAAUGUAGUCUAUAUUGUAUUAUAUACCUUGUUGUUCUUUGCUUAUGUUGUAUGCCAUAUGACUUGUUCUUUUAGAUUUAAAAUGUUAACCAUAUUAAAGGUGUUUUAAACUGAA